AUGCGCCGCGUCCUCGCUUCAUACCUUUGUGCCCAACGCCCUGCACAGUGUGCCGUGACGGCAGUCGCUGCGCUGGCGCUCAACGCACCUAUGCGGCGUCAGGGCACUCGACAAGGUCCGCCCGCCGGUGUUCCGCCGGAGUUCCGCGCCCCGCCCCAGCACGAGCAUCAACCGUCGGAGGCGCACGCCGUGCCGGAGGAAAACUUUGAGCCACCGCAGAAACCCACAGAACCCCCGAAGACGCUGAAAAUAGACACGAACGCGAAGGGCAUCACCACCGUGCAGCUCGGUCGGCCCCCGGUGAACUCCCUCAGCCUGGAGGUCUUUGAGGAACUCAACAAGUGGAUGCUCUGGCUUGGAAGCGACGGGGGGUGCAACUCCGUCAUCCUCACCUCCGCGAUUCCCACGGUGUUUUCGGCGGGGCUGGACAUCAACGAGAUGUACAAACCCCAGCCCGAGCGUCUUCGUCGCUUCUGGCAGGCGUUUCAGGAGACCUGGCUGAUUCUCAACAGCUUCCCCAAGCCCAUCAUUGCCGCGAUCAACGGCAACUCUCCUGCUGGUGGCUGCAUUUUGUCUCUCGGCGCCGACUUCCGCGUCAUGUCUCGCCACCCUGCAGGGAGGCCUGAUCGCCUCUAUCGUAUUGGAUUGAACGAGACCAAGCUAGGCAUCACGACCCCCGCGUGGGUGAUCCCCGCGUACGCCUACGUCGUGGGCUCCCGCAACGCCGAGCGCAUGCUGCAGCUGGGAGAGACACCGACUGCCGACGAGGCGCUUAAGCUUGGGCUUGUGGAUGCCGUGGUUGAGGAGGAGAAGCUGAGCGAGGCUGCGUCGCGGGAGGCGGAGCGCUUCAUGGCGAUCCCACAGCAGUCGCGGUGGAUGUCGCGCGACAUGAUGCGACGCGAGUUCCUGCAGCACAUUGCUACUGACGAGGACAGGGAGUACGACACGCAGUUUGUGGUGGAGCUCAUGAUGAACCCUGAGGUGCAGAAGGGACUGGGCGCCUACAUGGCUCGUCUAAAGGGGCAGCAGGUGAGGAAGUAA